UUGCAGAAUUAUGGGAACAUUAGAAUCAAAAGCGGAAACUGUUGCGGAAUUAGAGCAGGCUGUUGCUAGAGUAAAGAGCUGCAUGGACAAUCAUCGUAGCAAUGUAUGUAGCAUAGACUCGAUCGUAAAUGCACAGAAUGACUCGAUAGACCUACUUUCAAAGACGAUAUCUGACUUUAGGGAAAUGCAUGGCAAUGAGUGUGAACAGUCGGAAAAUAGACAUUUGGAGUUGACUCAAAAUCUUCACUCCAACCUUCAGAAGGCUUUAAUACAUCAAGUUGGAGCACUGAAUGAGAGUUUUAGUAUACUUGAUAACUGCAUUCGAGAAAUAUCAGCCCAUUAUAGUCCCGAGUCUGGAUCACAUGUUGACACAGACAAGCGGAGCUUAGAUAGCGCAAAAGCAGGAACACCAAAAGACAGAUUUGGUUCAGUUAUGCAUGAGUCGGUAAGACCUGGGAAUUCUUACGAAAUCAGUUCAGGCGAUGCAGAAUUUGAAGACAGUGAUAUUGAUGAUUCUGUUAAGGCAUUACGGUCGGAAAACAAAGCCAUUGUUUCUAAAAAUAAUGGACUGCAGAUGAAAUUAACAUCUAACACAGAAGAAAUUGGCCGAGUUCAAGAACAGAAAGAAGAAUUGGAGAAGAAAGACGCAAAGGUUGAAGCAGAAAAUAAGAAGUUGAAUGCUGAUAUAAAGAAUGCCAAUGCACGUUAUGUGCUUGAAAAUACAAUCAGGACACUACAGGAGACAGUAGAUCGACAAAACCGAAGAAUACAUGACCUAGAGGACGAAAAACGAAAAGUGCAAGAGAGAAAAAUGAUUGUACCAGUUCAGUUGUUCUACCAACGAAAUGAUGAAUUAAUGACAUUGGCAGUGAACGAGCUGUCUUUGAUGUUGGACACGCAUAUGCAAACAAAAAAUAUACAACUAGAAAUCGUAAGAUGUGAAAAUAUUUCAAGCAUACAGCCUGAUAAGCCAACUUUUGUGUUGUGCAUAAACUCUUCAAGAAACGGAACUGACGCAUCAAGUGCGAUCGAAGGAGUCCAUAAGUCUGGACGUACAGCUCUGUUGAUUUUUCAUCACAAAAACAUCCAUGCUCUACCAAACCAGCCUAGUGAUCGCAUGUUGACAUCCACAGAGUUCAAACAACUUGGUGGAAUAAUUGACUUGGCAUUCCUUGCCGGCAAAGGAAUCUACCCGUGCGAUAUGAACAAUCUUGCUGUAUCGUGUAUUGAAAGCUUCAUACAGAGGAAUAUAUGCGGAAAAUAAUCAGGACCAAGUGUGAUAUUUAUAUUAUAUUUGAUACUGCGAACACUACAUUGUCCUGGCUAUUGUCAAAAUUUGUGCAUUAUCAAGUUUUUUCCUUUUUUGUAAUCAGAACUGUAUGAUCAACCCAAAUCCCUUAACUUCUUUAUCAAACUACUUCAUUUGUUUGGAUUUUUAAAAAAAAAAUAUGUUAAUUCUUUGUAGGGAUACAAAAUGUAUUUCGCUUUAACUUAUGAAUCUAUACAUCCAGUGCAAUAGACUAUAUCAUUGCAUGACUCUUUAUAUACAUCUUUUGUGCUACAUGACCUGUCCAAAAUUAACACUAACUUUUUCUGGACUGAAGUCAACGCGAAAGAAAAAAAAAUCUUUCUGAUGUCAUGUAAUAAAACACUUACAGGUCAAUAGUCAAACCUAUUGAGAUUAGUAGGUCAAAGGUCAAUGUCACAAUUACCUUGUGACUGAAACCAGUUUCCACACAGUUACUAAAGAACGUUUUGGCAUGCAGUUGUUAAACUUCAUGGGGUGAUUACCUGUGGUUACAGUAACCAACAGACUGAAAAACGGUUACACUCAAGAACUAAAAAGCGCCUUGACGCAUGGUUGUCAAACUUCCUGUCAUGAUUGUAUGUGGUAAAUAGAUAAACCCUGUUGUUUCGGAGUCAGUAGUUUAAAGGUCAAGCUGAAGGACACAGUGACGUCUAGACUGAAAAUGGUUUCCAUUUAAUAACAAGAGCCAUGUCAGACAUGGCUAAUCCCCCCACCGGGCAUAUCAUAAUUGAAGGAUGUGGUCCGCAUCAGGGGUUUUAAGAUGUGGAAGAAAGAAUAAGUCAGUAGUGAGGUGGUUUACUGCUAAAUUUUAUUAAUUUUUAUGAAGAGUAUAACUAUGAUGUUUUUCUAUAUGGCUACUGUAAAAAGAAGGAAUGGAAAGCUAACAGGGAACAAGAGUGCCAGAAUGUCACAAUAUAUGCCCGUCAAAGCAAAUUUCUUUACUCUAGCAGCUGUAUUUGCAAAUGGAAUGUUAAUUUUGUGGUUGUUUAGUAAUCAUUGUAAGUCUUUUGUUUUUUAAAGUCCACAAAAAAAACUCCUUACUAGGUAGAGAUACCUUAUAUAUAAUAAAAUUAAUAAAAUACACCUAAAACUGGAGAGUAACAUCUAUGCUGUACCACAGAAAAGUGGUCUUGUUUUUUCCCUAGGGUCAAUUAUAAAAAUGUUACAAUAUAAGUUAUUUAUAGUAACAACUAAGGGAAGUUAAUCUUUAAAAAAAAAAAAAAAAAAAAAAAAAAAAUUGCAAGUCCACACAAAA